GUGGAACCCACUGGACCUCACUGGUCUCCCAGUUAGUGUUCAGGCCACAGGUCAAACAGGAAGUCCCUCUCAACCAGUUCCUCUGCAUGGGACCACUUCCUGUCUAUGAAGCUGUGUAGAAUCUGUUUCCAUCCAAACACCCGAGCGACACUUUCUCCUUCACUCUGAACCCCCCCCCCCCCACACACACACACACACACACUUUUUAUCAAUCAGUUUAAUUGUUGAAUGAAAAUGUCUUUUAUGAGUAUUUGAAAAGCUGUUUAUAGAACUCUCAGCACAUGGACACAUUCCUCUCAUCCUAUUCUGUUAUUUUUGUUGAUUAUGAAUGAAUUUGAAUUAAUAAUGAGCGUGUGUUGUCACGUGAUCUGGAGUCUCCGCCCUGCAGGAAGUCACGUGACGUCACAGGACGGAGACAGACAAAGAGAAGACGUCCAGGAUGUGCUGAGCAGACACGUGAACACACGAGGGAGGAUGCACACGACAAAGACAUCAUGCACGAGCUUCCAGUGACCGACUCAGUUCCUCUGAAGAUCAAUGGCAGCUCCUUGGUGGCGUGUGAGCUGCCGUUCGACGAUGGCCGCCUGCCGCUGGUGCUGCUGUACAGCGUGGUGCUGCUGGUCGGGCUGCCGGCCAACCUGCUGACCCUCUACCUCACCUGGCUGCAGGUGUGCAGGAGCAACGUGCUGGGGGUCUACCUGUGGAGCCUGUCGCUGUGUGACCUCACCUACCUGCUCACGCUGCCUCUGUGGGCGCACUACGUGAGCCAGGGUCACGUGUGGCCGUGGAGCUCGGCCAUGUGUAAGCUCACGGGCUACAUCUUCUUCAACAACAUGUACGUCAGCAUCUUCCUGCUCUGCUGCAUCUCCUGCGACCGCUACGUGGCCGUGGUCCACAGCCUGGAGUCCCGAGGCCUGCGGCGGCAGCGCCUCGCCGUGCUCAUCGCCCUCGCCAUCGUCCUGCUGGUGGCGGUCGGACACCUUCCUGUCUUCACCAUGAGUGAGGGCGACGCUGCCGAGGGAGACCGGCGCUGCUUCGAGCCCAGUCAGACCAGUGCCACCGUGAUGGGCUUCAACUACGCCCGCUUCAUCGUCGGCUUCUUGAUCCCGCUGCUGCUGCUGAUGGCGACGAACCGCGGCGUCCUGGUGAACGUGCAGCGCAGCACGGGGCUGCGGCGGGAGCAGAAGGAGCGGGUCCGCUGGCUGGCUGUGGCCGUGGUGCUCCUGUUCCUGGUCUGCUUCGCCCCGUACCAUCUGAUUCUGCUGGUCAGGGCCGUGAUGUUCCACUUCACUGGGCCGCAGGACGUCCCCUGUCGCUUCGAGCAGACCAUGUACACCCCCUACACCAUCUCCCUCGGCCUCUCCACCGUCAACAGCGCCAUCAACCCCAUCCUCUACGUCCUGUCCAGUGAGAACAUCCGCAAGGAGCUGAGGAGAGGCCUGGUGCAGGUCCGUGACCAAGCCCGUCUGAGACCGAGGUCCGACAGCAGCCAGAUCCAGAUCCAGUCCAACAAGAACUCCUUAGAGCUGAAUGCAGCAACUGAGGAGCAACAAGGAGGACGACCUCCGGGCUCCUAACAGAACCUUCCUGGUCCCUUCUGGACUCUACUGAUCCUUUUGGACUCUACUGGUCCCUUCUGGACUUGACUGAUCCUUCUGGACUCUACUGGUCCCUUCUGGACUUGACUGAUCCUUCUGGACUCUACUGGUCCCUUCUGGACUCUACUGGUCCCUUCUGGACUUGACUGAUCCUUCUGGACUCUACUGGUCCCUUCUGGACUCUACUGGUCCCUUCUGGACUCUACUGGUCCCUAUAUUCUGAACAGUCGUGGAUCUAAACUUCUCCGGUUUGUUCUGACGGUGUUCAUCCUCAGGAGAUCAGGAACUUUAAAGUCUUUUGUUUUCUUUUUGUAAUCAGACAAUUUAAUUAAAACAGUAAAUUAUUAUUAUAGUGAU